CCCCAGGCUCCACUUCCGAGCUUGCGCAGCAGGCGGGUGCCAUGGCGUCCUCCCGCUUGCCUCCCGGGGCGCUGACUCUGAAGCAGUUCAUGAGAAGGCAGCAAGUCCUCCUCCUCUACAGAAAGAUCUUCCGAGCGAUUAGGCAAGUUCCCAGCGAGGCUGACCGAAAGUACCUUCAGGACUGGGCCAGGGAAGAAUUCAAAAGGAACAAAAGCGCCACAGAAGAGGCACGGCACUGCACUGUGACGCACACAGCAGGAUGGAAAAGAAGGCUCUAAAGAUCACGGCAGUCCUGAGCGCUGAAAAACCCCACGAAGAUGAGGAAGCCAGCGCUAGGAAAUGGUGCUAGGAAUCACAGUUCUUUACUGGCGUGGGCUUUCUCCAAAGCCUAUUAUUCCAUAUGCUUACUUAAAAUGUAUCUCAAUGAAAAAUCUUACUCAUUGAGUAUUUCCUAGUCCUGAGAAAAGUAUACUUUCACGGUGGAAGAAAACAAGUACCCAACUUAGCAUCAGUGAUCCUGAAGUACCCUGACGUUAAAGAGCCUCUAUGCAGAGCUCAGUCUGGAGUUCACACCACUGACCAUGACUUAUGCCUGUACAAGUUUUUAUUGGCACCUAAGUAACUGUAUUGAACUGUUGUUCACGGACUUAGAAGCAGCUACUUGGAGGUCUUGCUAGUCACAGACUUGUGGGUCCCACUCAGAAUUCCAGUCAUGGUGAUUAAAUUCAACUCAGCAAAUCAGGAACAGGCCCAAGAGUUCACCUCGCCAGCCUCUCUACCCCUGCCUAGGGACUACACUCUCAGAACUGUGAACCAUUCAUGGCCUCAGACCUUUCUGUGGGCAGAAAUGCAGGGAUGAAGACACAACCUAAACACCCAUGAAAAACCUAGGGAGCCAAUCCAGAAGACAGCAGGCGCUCUGAGACAACCGGCAGGGAUGCUCCAAAGACAAAAAGCUGGAAGGAACUGGGAGCUGCUCAGAGAGACCACAGCAUCCAAGCAGCAGGGUGUGACGGCAUGUACCAAUCACCCCAGCUAUGCAAUGCAGUAACUUUGGGGAUGGCCUGGGCUACUUAAGACUUAUCUCAAAAGAUUAAAUAAAAGAAUAACCCGUGAAAAACAACUAAAUAAAAUACUCAUGAACAGCCGUGAAAGCUGGCCCAGAUACCACGCAGUUAUUGUUGGUUCUUUUAGACGUGAUAGAUCCGGGGCUUAUCCCUAGUGGGCACACUGAACUAGCGAGAGGACGCGGCAACUCGGUCUCCUCUGGGGUGAGAGGAGGGACGGCGGCAGACCAAGAGCGGAAGCUGGAUGGGAGGCCCGUGCUUCCAGCACUCGGAAAGGGGUCAGAGUUCAAGACCCACCUGGGCCACAUGGUGUGAUUUUAUCUUAAAACCAAAACAGAAAAUUGGUUGACUCUCACUAUGAGUAUAAAAGCAGUGCUAUUCCAUCAUCA